AAAAAAAACGGGCGCGAAAAGAUGCACAAAACGAAAUUGCAAGAACUGUGCCACAAACGAAAAUGGAAGCUUCCGGAAUACGCAACCUCCAGAGAAGGCCAAGAUCAUAUGCCUCUUUUCAGGGCCUCUGUGUGGGUUUGUGGCAACAAAUUCGAUAGCGGCCCAGCUUGCAAGUCCUCCAAACAAGCCCACAAUGAAGCUGCCCAAAUUGCAUUUCUUCACUUAACAUCUGGGUCGAUAAAUAAAGGGAGCGAAAAUAAUGAUAGCACAAUUAGUACGAAACAAGUGCAGAGUUCCAUGCGUUUGGAGGACAAGACGGCUGUGAAGAACUCUGAAAAUCUUGAAAAACAGAACAAGUUCAAGACUAAACUCGAGAUGUAUGCUCGAAAGAGGAACCUUAAGCCUCCGGUAUAUCGUGAAGAAAAAGUGGGGCAUCUAUACAGAGCUGUAGUCUCCAUUGAUGACGAAUGGUUUGAAAGUGUGGUAGUGUGUGAAACUACAGAAGAAGCUCAAGAUUCUGCUGCACAAGCUGCUUUGUUAUCCUUGUCAACUGAUGCAUUUCGUGAGAACGACCCACGUUCCUACAAAAUUCUUCUGAACGAGCUUGCGAAAGAAGAAGGAUUUUUCAUUCCAGUGUACACUACUAGCAGAUGUGAUGAAGCUAAGUUUCAGGCUUUCUCAUCAAUUGUUGAUGUUGAAGGAGAGAUUUUUGAAGGGGAUAAAGCAAAUUCCAAGAAAAUGGCUGAGCUCAAUGCUGCUAAGGCUGCAUAUACUGUAUUGAUCGAGCGUAAGUUAUUUGAGCCUGGCGACUUUCUACCACGCUUCUCAUCAGGUGAAGAUAGUCUCAAACUUGUUCGUAGCAUGGGCUCACUCAAUCUUUUCGAUCCCGAAGAAAUUCCGAAAUCUGAGUGUCCACCAAACUUCAGUUCAAGCAUGAAAAAUGAGGCUCAAAUACAAAAAUUCACUGGUGAAGAAGAAAAGGUUACAGAUGAAGAUUGUGGCAAGAAAAAGAGCAAUGGCACAAAAUGCUAUUUGCUGUGUAACAGGUUCAAGAUUUUCACAUCCAUUCCAAACAUGGUGCUGCCACGUGGGACUGUUUUGCUGCCAAUCAGUGAGACUAUGUGGACCAUAGUAACCCUGGACUUCCCUAAUGAGAAUUGAGAAGGGCACAUAACUAUAACAUUUAUUAUUACUUAUUAGGCUAAAAUGUGUGAAUGAUGUGACAAUUAAUGCUUGUCUGUACCAUGAAGUUUUAAUUCUGGUGUCCUUAUGUGUUUGAGUUCGAAUGUAUGCUAAGUCUGUACUUUUCCGAUUGGUG